GUAAUUGUAAUUUAAAAAAGAUAUGGCAUUCAUUUUAGUAGCUAUACGAGAAGGAACGUAAAAAUUACGAUCAAUAUAACUAGUUGAAAUUGUAAACAAUUCAGUAGAGAAGGUACCGAAAAAUAUUUUUACUUUUGUUAUGCUGGCGGACAAAGAUUUUAUUUUGGCAAUCAAGUUAUAUCCCGAUCUUUAUAAGGCUUAUAAAGGUGAUGAUAAAGAUGGCGAAAAGAAUAUUAAGUCGUUAUGGUCGCAAUUCGCGCGAGAGAAUAACUUCAAAAGUGGUGCCGCAGCAGAGUUGAAAUGGCGCCAACUAAUUUCGAAAUAUGUAUCUUUUCUAAUGUAUGGCACACAUUUCCCGUUUGAACGGGAAAUGCAAUUUAUGCAGAUGCCACUUCUUGGUGCUGGAUUAGACGAUGCACAAUCUGACUCGGAUAUUGACGAGGUAGAAUUAAAAAAAGUACUCAACAUAUAUGAGGAGUGUCCAACUGAUAUUAAAAAACAUUAUAUUAGGAAUGAUAUGUGCAAUGAAGUCUUAAAGAAUCCUACCCAGAGCAAAGAACAAGGAAAUGAAUUAUGUAAAACAAACAACAUAAACUUGAAUUCCUCUCUUAAAAAUACAGAAAAACAUUAUGAAACCAAAGAUGUGAAAAGCGAAGAUACAGAAAAUAAAAUAUUAAGUAAGCCGAAGGAAACUAACACGGUUAGUACGGAAAAUACAACAAAUACUGUUACAACAACAACUAAUGCACAGACAGCUAAUAAUUCGAGUGGUGACGCAAGCGCUCCCAGUGGAUUCACAAACCUGUCUUCACUGGAACUUAUAUUUCUCGGUUAUGCUAAGGUAUUGCAACGAAUGCCAUUACGGCUGCAACUGCAAACUAAACGAAAAAUCGCAGAUAUUAUGGAUGAGGCAGAAUUGGAAUUGUUUGAAGGAAACUGAAUUGAUGAAAAUAAAGAUUUCUUUUAAAACUGAA